AUGGCUACGAAAAUCCUGGCUUCGACACUGUUCCUGUUUGGACUAGUUGUUGCUGGCUACCUGCUUUUCCAGGGCGAAGGCGAGUCCUUCAAUGUCGGCGAGUUUCUGUCCACCACAAGUCCGCUCAUGUGGGCCAAUCUGGGCAUUGGCAUGUGUAUCACUCUGAGUGUGAUUGGAGCUGCUUGGGGAAUUUUCAUCACCGGAAGUACAAUCAUCGGAGCCGGCGUCAAGGCGCCACGAAUCACAACCAAAAACCUCAUCUCCAUUAUUUUCUGUGAGGUGGUGGCCAUCUACGGUCUGAUUAUGGCCAUUGUCUUUUCGGCCAAGCUGGCGAGCGUGGAAGACGUGUACACCAAGUCGAACAUGUACACCGGCUUCUCGCUCUUCUGGGCCGGUCUGACUGUCGGUCUGGGCAACCUCGUUUGUGGUAUCUGUGUUGGAAUCACCGGAUCCACUGCCGCCGUUGCUGACGCCGCCGACUCGGCUCUGUUUGUCAAAAUUCUGGUCAUUGAGAUUUUCGGCUCUGUUCUCGGACUUUUCGGUCUCAUUGUCGGUCUUCUCAUGGCCGGCAAGGCCUCGGAAAUCUCCUGA